AUGGGUGUCUCUCUUCUUCCAUCAUCACCAGCAUUUUUGGCCCUUUUUCUCGUAUCAGUUGUCACUUUGUGUCUCCAUCCUGAGCCUACACUUGCCAUUACCAGGCAGUACAAGUUUGAUGUUAUGAUGCAGAAUGUGACUCGCCCUUGCCACACCAAGAGCAUGGUAACAGUCAAUGGGAAGUUCCCGGGGCCUCGCAUUGUAGCUAGGGAGGGUGAUCGUCUUCUUAUUAAAGUGACUAAACAUGUCCAAAACAAUAUCUCUUAUGUUUUCAUUGACACAGGCAUGGAAUUCGACAGCUUCGCAGCGGGACAAAGAGGCACUCUUUUCUGGCAUGCCCAUAAAUCAUGGUUAAGAUCAUCUCUCUAUGGUCCAAUAAUCAUUCUUCCCAAACUCGGCACUCCUUAUCCAUUUGCUAAACCUUACAAGGAAGUUCCAACAAUCUUCGGAGAGUGGUUCAAUGCAGAUCCAGAGGCAAUCAUUAACCAGGCAUUGCAAACUGGUGGAGGUCCAAACGUCUCAGAUGCCUACACUAUCAAUGGACUUCCAGGGCCAUUAUAUAACUGUUCUGCCAAAGAUACUUUCAAGCUGAAGGUAAAGCCAGGAAAGACUUACCUUUUUCGCAUGAUCAAUGCUGCCCUCAAUGACGAGCUUUUCUUCAGCAUAGCAAACCAUACUCUCACAGUUGUGGAUGUUGAUGCAAUUUAUGUGAAACCAUUUGAUACCGAGACACUUCUCAUUGCCCCUGGACAAACCACAAAUGUUCUUCUAAAGACCAAGCCUCACCACCCAAAUGCCAAUUUUUUCAUGUCUGCUAGACCUUACAUGACUGGUCAAGGAACUUUUGACAAAUCAACUGUUGCUGGCAUUUUAGAAUAUGAAGAUUCACACAAAACCAUUCAAUCGAGCCGCUACAUUAAGAAACUUCCGCUCUAUAAACCAAAUCUGCCACCCAAUCAGAAGCUGCUUCCUCCACCAGCUGAUCUUACUAAGUGUUGA